AUGCACGUGGUGACAGCAGCCAAGAACCUGAAGGAGUACCACAUACUGACUCAAAGAGUCGUCAUGGAGCCUCAACUGGAACGCUUCGUUUCACCCCGCGCCUAUUUGGACCGACUGAUUCGUGGUGCCAAGAGUCUACAAGAAGAGGCAAGGUUGGCAAAGCUGGGAAGAUGGGUACAAGAAAGGUCAAGUCUGGCAGGAUGGCCUAUACCAAGGAAAACCAAUCCUACACGACGUGACCUUGCAUCUGGCCUAUGCGCCCGGGCCCAGCCCAUGCAGAAGGCUUUGCGGUUCCUAAUAGCCAACUAUCCUGGUCUCAAUCUCCUUACAGAUGAGAGCUACCUACGGAUUUUCAUCCAGUAUCCCAAUACUGGACUCGCCAAUGUGCUCCUGGACUCCGGGAUCAAGUAUUCGCAGAACUUGGAUCAUACUAACGAGUCCUACCUCUUUGACCUGGCCUCCUGUGUAACGCCAUAUACCAGGCCGACUCGGGUUCUCGCACAGCGCCUCAUCGAUCUCCGCGCCAACGUCAACUACAUGACCCCCGUGUCAAAAGCCGUUGCAAACGGGAACACCAAGCUAGUCCGCACAUUUGUCUACAACGGCGCAAAGAUCCCACUCGCAAAGCGCCCGCUUCCAAAAGACCCCCUCGCCAUACGCCAGGAGAAGGUCAAACCCGGAUGCGUCAUGCUGGAUCUUGUCCUUAAGCACGUCGUCCCCAGUACGGUCCACCCGGACAACCGCCUAUUGUACCUGACGCUCGCCAUGGCCAACAGCAUCCGGCCGGCGCUGAUCAAGCUGCUCAUCGAGAGACUCGACAUUGACGUCAACCAGCGAGACGUUUGGGAGACACGGUCUCCACUUGCACGUCUGCUUUACCAGUCGUAUUUCUUGGGCACUAAUCGUAAACACUGGAGUCCGGAUGUGGCGCGGAACAUCAUAGACCUGCUGAAGGUUCUUGUUGAAGCCGGCGCUGAUCUCACGGCCGAGGUCGAGCCGAAGGUCACGGCUUUGGAUCGGCUGGAGGCUGUCUGCGAUUUAGUCGGUGGGGAGUUCAAGAGGAGGAUCACUUGGCUUGCUGAGGGGUGGGUGUCUACCAUCAAGAUCUCGGAUUGUUAG